GUGGUAACCAUGAGCUUCGGGUUAACUACUCACCUUCUUCCUCCAUUGCCACUCGCUUUCUCCAAGAACACCACCACCAUCAAACCAUUCCCAAUUCAAUCUUCAUCGUUAUCAGCUUCCAUUUUACCAAACUCUAUUCCCAAAAAACCCUCUCUUUUCUCAAAUCAUCUCCUCUCUCUCGCCAUCGCCAUCGCCACUCUUACUUCUCCACUUCCAUCCUCUUUCGCAAUCCCUUCUCUCAACAACUCGCCGCCGCCCAAUUUACCCUCCGCCACCACCCCCUUCUCUCAGUCCAAGAAUCUAAUCACCGGAUUGGAGAACGGGAAAAUUAGACCGUGCCCAUCGAACAAUCCUGGGUGUGUUUCGAGUAAUCCGAAAUCAUCAUCUUUUGCGUUCCCAUGGAGGAUUCCGGAGAAGUCCAUAGAUAAUGCCCUCCAGCAAUUGCAGGAAGCAAUUCUAGAAACGCAGAAAAAUGCCAAGAUUGAGAUCGUGGAAAACACCCCAGAUGGCCGAUAUUUGCAAGCAAUGGUUGAUGGAGGUUUUGGGCGUGACAUUCUAGAGUUCUUGGUGAAAGGAGACGUGGUCUCGUAUCGGUGCAUGGCCGCGAAAGUAACCUAUAUAUACCCCUUCACUACUGCCUUAGGGGAUUCAAAGGGUCAAGAAGAAAGAAUAAGGAAGGUUGUGGAUCAGUUAGGGUGGGAUGCCCCUAGUUUCAAUGCCAUGGAUUAGGACCAUUUUGAAUGUAUAUACAAACAUUCAUGUUCAUCAUUUCCACUUGUUCUUACUGAGCUAUGCCCGUACUAAUCGUAGCAAAUUGCGACGGCAAGACAUCAGCUCUGAUAAACUCUCCACAACCUGGAAUUGAACCCAAGGCAGAUGGGAUAUUCCACUACACCACAACCCUUGUGGUUUUGUUCCUUCAUUUCUAUACAAUUUUCAAUUUGAGAUUUUAAAUGCUAUUUGGUUCAUUC